UCAUAGAAUGGAAUGGUCCCUCACUUCAGGCUACUUGGACAGCUGCUAUAUUAAAUACUACUUUCUUCUAUUAAAACUUACAUUUUUAUCAAUUUUUCAGUAAUGCUUUAAUUAUUACGUAUGUUAGUUUAAUCAGGAAUUAGUACUAAUUUAUAGUGAAACAUGGCGUGGGCAUUCCGGGCUGGUGCUUCGAAAUUGCGAACUAGAAUAGGCUUAUGUAAGAUAGCGUCGACAAAUAAUGUACCGAAGGUCCAGGUUUCCUGGAUUAGCACUCGGCAGACUCGAAAGACUCGACCUCCACGUCCAGAGCCAUUUCCCUACAAAGAGAAGAGUUUUAAUAUCUGGGAACAAAUAUUUGAUGACACCGUAUUUAGGUUCGACGACAAUACCAAAGUUAUCCUCGUGGAAGGUCCACCAGCUGUAGGAAAAGGCGAGCUUGCUAAAAAAUUGGCCCACGAUCUCGACAUGUUGUACGUACCCCAGACAGUUCUUGAGGACGAAUGGGUUCACAAAUAUAAUUUCGACUUAAGAACCCUGGACGACAAAUUGCCUGAAUCGUGUCGGAGUGUAGACCUCUCAACAUUCUUGAACAACCCAAGUCUCAGAAAUGGAGGAGUCAUGCAACUUUUCUUCUAUCGAUUAAGGUUCCACAAAUACAUGAAAAUCUUGGCUCACGUACUAUCUACGGGACAGGGAGUCGUCACAGAACGGAGUCCUUGGUCCGAUGAUUGUUUCGCCAAAGCCAUGCACGCCAAUGGAUAUUUGUCGCCUAAUGCUUUCAAAUUGUACAAUACUAUGGUGGAACAGUCUCUCCACGAACUCAUGAGGCCUCACUUGGUUGUUUAUCUGGAUGCCUCGGUCAAGGAUGUACAGGAGAAAAUAAAGAAGCGCAAUAUCCCAGGCGAGUCGAAAAUCUUCAAUGAAAAAUUCCUAACUGACCUCGAAAAUAAUUACAAGUACGAUUUCCUAAAGAAAAUGGACGAACACGCUAACAUAUUAAUUUAUGAUUACUCUCGCGGUGGAGAUUUCGAGGUCAUUGUCGAAGACAUUGAAACGCUGAAAUUUGAUGAACAACCGCAAGAUAGUAAAAAAAUGAUGGAUUGGGACCUCGUGGCUAACGUCAUGUGGACAGAGCGAAGAAGAAAAUACAGUGAUCAACAAGAACAGAUGUUACUCUAUUUAAUGCUUCAGCAAUUGAUUGCUGAUGAAUUAAUAGUAACAGCAGAAGAAUCAUACAUAAGGCACGAAGUGCUAAAAAAGUAUGCUCCUCGGGAUGCUUGGGAUCCAAAUUACAUGCCACUUAAACCAAAAAAAAAUUUGUUGGAAGCAGCUCAAUAAAAAAUGGAAGAUUCGAAUCGUAUAUUUGAAAAAUUAUAUAUAAUAUACGAGUGUAAUUUUUAAUUUAA